UUUCAGAGUUUUAGUUGCGUGGGAACGAACUUGUGUGGGGAUUUACGUGUUUUUAAGUCACAAAAGUGUUCUAGAAACGCAUACUUGAGCGAAAUUUCAUCUCUAUCCGCCCAAUCGAUGUUAAUUUUUUAAUGAUGAUUGCAUCAGAAAACUGGAAAAACAAGAAUUUGACCUAUUUCUACUGUUGUGCCGUGAUAUCAUUUUGACCUCAACCUCAUCUUCAAAAACAACACGCACGAAUCGAAUUUAUACAUUUGCCAUAGCCUACGACCUCCUCUUCUAAGAACAGAGUAGUAAAAAACAAGAAAUUAUGAGAGUGUCAGUUCGUUUCAACGGGAAAUGGUUUGUUGUUCCAUGUGGGGAAGGCAAAACUUCAAUUCAGUGGCUUAUUGAGGAGACACUUCGUCGGGCGAACAACACAAACGACUCAGAAAACUAUUCUAAAGAUUUCGAAGCUGUUUUAGCCCAGAGUGGAGGAAGUUUGUAUCCCAACGAUUCUAUUUAUGAAGUUCUAAACGACAACGACUUUGUUCACAUUUCCGAUAUUGGAGCUUCAAGAGAGAAUGGCUAUGGAAUGGCACCAGAAUCUGUUAUUUUAAGUGAAAAUUUGGAGAAGGCGUACGAACGUGAACAGUUUGUGGAGCUUGAUGGCUGUUCGUUGACCACUGAGACUCUUGUUGCACUGGGAAGUGGCAAGCUCAAAAUAAAGCUUUCGGAAGAAGCUGAAAACACGGUGAACAAAUCAAGGGAAUUACUGGACGACAUUGUGCGAGAAAAUAAAGUGGCAUAUGGCGUAACAACAGGCUUCGGGAUGUUUGCAAGGGUAGUGAUUCCUAAAGACAAACUUGAGGAACUUCAAGAGAAUCUCAUAAGAUCGCAUGCUGCAGGUGUAGGCAGACCCCUAUCAACAAAGCACACACGGAUGCUGUUUGCUCUAAGAAUAAAUGUUUUAGCGAAAGGCCACAGUGGGUUCAGUCUUGCACGUGUACCCCAAUCAGUGUAACACUCUCUAUUUACAGAAUCAUGUCUCUCAUGGAUUCCCGAGCAGGGUACUGUGGGGGCAAGCGGUGACUUAGCCCCCUUAUCUCAUCUGGCGCUUGGAUUACUGGGGGAGGGGCAGAUGUGGAGUCCCAAGAGUGGCUGGGCAGAUGCUGCCCUGGUCCUAAAGGCAUAUGGAUUGGGGCGUUUACAGCUACAACCUAAAGAAGGACUUGCUCUGAUUAACGGUACUCAGCUAAUAACGUCCCUUGGUGCUGAAGCUGUGGAACGUGCUCGAAUGAUUGCGAGGCAGGCCGAUAUAAUUGCUGCCAUGUCACUUGAAGUAUUAAAGGGAACCACACGAGCCUUUGAUGUUUUAAUCCAACAAGUGCGCCCACACGUUGGCCAGCGUCGUGUCGCUGAGAGACUGCGCUCUCUCCUUCACUCAAGUGUGUAUCCGUCAGAAAUCGCAGAGAGUCACAGAUUCUGCAACCGCGUCCAGGACGCGUACACUUUACGCUGCUGUCCGCAGGUCCAUGGGAUCGUGAAUGACACCAUUGAUUUCGUACAGGAUGUGAUCACAACUGAGAUGAACAGUGCCACAGACAACCCAAUUGUCUUUGCUGAUCAGGGCGAGAUCUUGUCCUGCGGAAACUUUCAUGGAGAAUAUCCGGCCAAGGUGCUAGAUUAUCUAGCAAUUGGUGUCCACGAGUUGGCUAUCAUGAGCGAAAGAAGAAUCGAAAGACUCGUAAAUCCGGCCCUAAGUGAGCUUCCAGCGUUUCUUGUUAAGGAAGGAGGUUUCAAUUCGGGAUUCAUGAUGGCACACUGCACGGCGGCAUCUUUAGUUUCAGAGAAUAAAGUUCUCUGCCACCCCUCCUCAGUUGAUUCGUUGUCCACAUCUGCUGCCCAAGAAGAUCACGUGUCCAUGGGAGGAUUUUCCGCCAGAAAAGCUCUUAACGUUGUUAAAAAUGUCGAAAAAGUCCUUGCCAUCGAAUUGUUAGCAGCUUGUCAAGGAAUCGAGUUUCUGCGGCCGCUGAAGACAACAGAACCUUUGGAAGCUGUCCACUCGCUCGUGCGGAAAGUCGCUCAGCCUUGGGAUAAAGACCGAUAUAUGGCACCUGACAUUGAGGCUGUGUUGAAACUCGUGAAGGAAGGAAAGAUCUGGGAGGUAACGUCACCAUUUAUGACGCAUUACCAAAGCACCACCAGAUGUCAGCAGGAGCUCCACAGUAACAUUCUGUCCCCUACUGCCAGUGCUUUGUCCGAUGACACUCCUCCACCUAAGAAGAUCAAGCUAAAUAAAGAAUGAAUGGGAUGCGAAUAGCGUAGCAGCGUCGUGGACGUUGCGUGUAACGGAAACGUUUUCUUCAGCUAAAAACUUUUGAUAUCACAUCACAGAUAAAUUCUAAUUAUCAUUACUUGUUGCCUGUGAUUUUAAUCUCCUAUAUAGCGUGAGGCGAAAAAAAUUGCAAAUUUACAAAGCAAAAAGCAAACACACAGAAGCAGAAAUCGGCGAGGUUUCUUCAGCUUUCGUACUCCGCUCCCUUCUCCAAGCUCAUCCGAUUUUUUCUUUGGGCAUGCAGAUAAUUUAACUUUAUACUCAUUGGUCUCUUUUGGUCAUGUGUUAUAUUGCACUGUCGUUGCUGACCCAAAAGUUAAGCGGGCUCUGAAGACGAGAUUGACUUCGUACAGCGGACUACAUGUCAAUUGAAUACUUUGUUUUGAUUUCUCAGGCAUCACUUUUAUUUGUCUACUUUUGCAUCGUGUUCGAGUACUUUAGAAUGUUCAAUAUUCAUUAACAGGCAAUAAAUAUGGGUUUAUGGAAAACUUCAUUUAAUCGAGUUUGAACCAAGAAUAUUUUCAUUUAUUAACUCGAUGUAUGGUUACAAGGCCGAGAGUUGUUUCUCAAGGCGUUUAAAAAAAGAUGUGUCACAUAGUGCUGCCCGAAAUCACAAGCUCGGAUGUUUUAAGUAUCUGCCAUUGUAAGUCCCGGAUGUAACCCAUCCGGGAUAAUGAUAAAACGCGGCGCAGGGUGCAUAAAAUAAUUUAUUUCCUUUGGUAAUAAAUUUCAUUUUAAUUGUUAGCGUACUUUAAAGUUAUGCCAAGUCAAAAUUAAACAAUUCCAUAUGCAGACAUGCUCUUUGGCUUGCUAAGGUUUGGUAAUAAUUUAUUUGUAUAAUUUUUAUUUGUAAGAUAUAUAUAUAUAUAUAUAUUACCGUUAUGUAAAAAGUGAAGAGAUUUCACAAUAAAUAAACAGGAAACUAUA